UCGUGAAACCACAUCGAUUCAUACGUAUGACUUAUCGAUAACAGCAAACUUUUAUUAUUCCUCUUUUCUUUGAUGUCUUGCGAACGACAUCGUUUUGCUGUAAUAAAUAACACGGCAUAAGCAGAAUUAAACAACAUGUCACGUUUCUUUGCCAACGGCUCCGACUCGGAAUCUGAAUCCAGCGAAGAGGAAGUUCAAGCAUCCAACUUCAAUAAAGCGGCCAAUUUCCAAUUUAGCGAUGACGAGGAAGAAGUUAAGCGUGUCGUGCGCUCCACCAAGGAAAAACGCUAUGAGAACCUAACAAGCAUCAUUAAAACGAUACGCAACCACAAGAAAAUUAAGGAUAUUCCCAAUACGCUGAGCAGUUUUGAGGAUUUAACGCGAGCCUACACGAAGGCCCUGCCCGUCAUCUCUAAGGAGGAGAAUGGCAUUACGCCCCGCUUCUAUAUUCGUUGCCUGGCCGAGCUCGAAGAUUUCAUCAAUGAGGUGUGGGAGGAUCGGGAAGGACGCAAGAAUCUCUCGAAAAACAAUGCCAAAUCGUUGGGCACAUUGCGCCAAAAGGUGCGAAAGUAUAUCAAAGAUUUUGAGGAGGACCUGGCACGUUUCCGUGAAGCGCCCGAUCAAGAGAGUGACGUUGAGGAGGGUGAGGGUGAACCGCAUGACAGCGACGGCGACCGUGCUGGCGCUGACAGCGACGAUGGCGUUGGCGCCGGAACCGGCAAACUAGCUGAAUUGCCGAAGGCUGCUAAAUCGGCGCCAACUAAAGCGGUUGCUGAUGAGGACGAUUCGGAUGAUUCGAUCGAUUGGGAUUCCGAUACCGAGUCGGAGACCGAAUCGUCAGAGGAUGAGAAUCUGUACCAGAAUAUGCGUGAGCGUUUCCUUAAGCGUACCACCGAGAAGGAGGACAAGGAUGAUGACAAACGCAAGGACAAGCGCAAGGAGCAGAAGCACAAGGUGCGCAAGCGUGCCGAAGACGACGAGGAUGGUGAGUGGGAGACGGUCGUCAAGGGAAAUGUCGUUGAGAAGCCCAAGAUGUUCGAAAAGGAUGCUGAAAUCGACAUUCCUCUCGUGCUGGCCAAGCUGAUUGAGAUAAUGUCGGCGCGCGGCAAGAAGCGCACCGAUCGCCGUUUGCAAAUCGAUUUGCUGUUUGAGCUGCGAGACAUCGCGGAGCAGCAUGCUCUGGGCACGCCAAUUAGUGUGAAGAUUCAUUUCAACAUCAUUUCGGCCAUCUUCGACUACAAUCAAAAGAUUUCGGAGCCCAUGAAGCUGGAGCACUGGGCCCUGCUGCUCGAGGUGAUGCAGAGCAUGAUGAAGCUGCUGCUCGCAAAUCCGGACAUCAUCAUGAACGAGAGCGUGGCCGAGGAGCACGAGGAAUAUGUAACAGCGCCGUUUUAUAUACGCGGUUGCCCUUUGGCUGCCGUGGAGCGUCUCGAUGAUGAGUUCACCAAGCUGCUGAAGGAGUGCGAUCCGCACUCGAACGACUACGUGUCCCGGCUUAAAGACGAGAUCAAUGUGGUAAAGACCAUUGAACUGGUCGUUCAAUACUUUGAGCGUUGUGGCAACAACAACGAACGUUGCCGCAUCUAUCUGCGCAAGAUCGAACAUCUUUACUACAAGUUCGAUCCCGAGGUGCUCAAGCGUAAACGAGGCGAGCUACCGGCAGCAGGCACCGCACCGUCAUCCGUUGAAGUGAUGGACAAACUGUGCAAGUUCAUCUAUGCCAAGGACGACACAGAUCGCAUAAGGACGCGUGCGAUAUUGGCGCACAUCUAUCAUCAUGCGAUGCACGAUAAUUGGUUCCAGGCGCGUGAUUUGGUUUUGAUGUCGCACUUGCAGGACAACAUCGACGCUGCAGAUCCUUCGACGCGCAUCUUGUACAAUCGCAUGAUGGCCAAUCUGGGCCUGUGCGCCUUCCGUCAGGAGAACAUCAAGGAUGCGCAUCAUUGCCUGGUCGAUCUGAUGGUCACCGGCAAGCCUAAGGAAUUGCUCGCCCAGGGACUGUUGCCUCAGCGACAGCAUGAACGUUCCGCCGAGCAGGAGAAGAUCGAAAAACAGCGCCAGAUGCCAUUCCAUAUGCACAUCAAUCUCGAGCUGCUCGAGUGCGUCUAUCUUGUCUCGGCCAUGCUCCUUGAGAUACCUUACAUUGCUGCCCACGAGUUUGAUGCACGUCGUCGCAUGAUCAGCAAAACGUUUUACCAACAAUUGCGCUCCUCGGAACGCCAAUCCCUGGUGGGUCCACCGGAAUCGAUGCGUGAACAUGUCGUCGCCGCCGCCAAGGCCAUGCGCUGUGGCAACUGGCAGGCCUGUGCCAACUUCAUUGUGAACAAGAAAAUGAAUACCAAGGUCUGGGAUCUGUUCUAUGAGUCAGAGCGUGUCCGUGAAAUGCUUGUCAAGUUCAUCAAGGAAGAGUCGCUACGCACUUAUCUGUUCACAUACUCCAAUGUGUACACCUCAAUUAGCAUACCUUCACUGGCGCAAAUGUAUGAACUGCCCCUGCCGAAGGUGCAUUCGAUCAUCAGCAAGAUGAUCAUCAACGAGGAGCUGAUGGCCAGCUUGGACGAUCCCAGCGAGACGGUGGUGAUGCAUCGUUCGGAGCCAUCGCGCCUACAAGCGCUGGCCAUGCAGUUCGUUGAUAAGGUUACCAAUCUGGUCGAUGUGAACGAGAAGGUGUUCGACAUGAAGCAGGGCAACUUCUUCCAGCGUGGCAAUAUGGGUAAUCGCGAUCGUGGCUACAAUCGCAACCAGAACAACCAAGGCGGCAAUUGGGGCGGCCAGCGUCGCGACAAUCGCAAUCAGCGCAACCGGAACCAGCGUGGACACCACAAACAACAACAGCAGCAACAGCAACAACAAGUGCAGACCAUCGAAGAGGAGUAGACACACCAAGUAGAAAAGGAAGCCUUUAAACAAAUCCAUGGAUCAUAUACUGAUACUAGGGAAAUGGAACUGUGCUGACUGUGGUCGGACCUCCGAUUUGGUUGAAACGCCAAAUCGGAGGUCUACGUUUAACUUAGCAUCAAACCAAUUCAUUGUAUCCAUUUUGUCCUUAUCAAUUAUACUGUACUGUGAAUUUGUUAUAACGCUCAUUAUGCCUAAAACCUAAUUGAUAAAUGCAUUUUGUAUGAACUAAAAUCUAAA